UCUGGAAAGCUCAGGGUUGGGCGCCUACUUUCUCGUCUCCAAGAGCCAGGCCAAGGGUUGGAACUUCUUGACGACAGACGUGAGCUCUCGAAGUCGAACCACAGCAUUUCCACAAAGAUAACAAGACAAAACUACAAGAAACCAUGAGCAGGAUACCGUCCCCGCACACUCCCUUGACAGCAGAACUCCUCCUGAUUCGUCAGCAGAUCAUGAGUGGCAAUGGCAUAAACAUAAUUUACCCACUUGGACGUGAUCACGGCAUUUCGUAUCCAGGCAGCUUUCCAUCUUACGAUGGAUUCGCAGCGAGUGUCUUUGGCUACGUAGUUUAUCCAGGAACAGUAUGCGAAUUCGGACUUACAGGUAGCCGCGGCGGAUAUCUUCUUCUGAAGACUGCUGGUAGUGAAAAAGCAGUCGCCGUUGCAAGGCCGGACAAUUCAAGCGCCGUUUACUUUGGAGACGGAGGAAGCGGAUAUCGAUAUGGCCAGCAGUAUCUCUUCAGAUUUCGAGCAGCUUACGACCCCAACGUAGACAGAAGGGCCCUUAAGGCCAUAGAAGUCACCAGUGUUACCUAUACUCAGGUAAUGGACAUUAGCGAAUUGUAUGUACACGAGUACUUCGCCUCGAGUGGAUCUCACGUGUUCCUGUCUCUUCACUUUGGCGAUUUUCCUCCAGUAGAAUUUCCAACCCAAACAGGACUCGAUCCCAUUAUUGCCGGUGUGGUUACAAUGGAGGUAGGCUCCUACGCCGUAUACGAAGGAAUCUACUCGGGGUCAGAUGCAAUUGGCAUCAAUGCUCCAGGGGCAGUGCGUGACCUUGGCAAGCCACAGACGUCAGGCGUAACCGUAAGGAUCGGCGUCCGGAAAAACCUCACGAUGUAUGUAUUUCUUGCGGAUUACGGAACAGCUCCGGUGUCAGCGCCGUUUUCGGAACUUUUGAUGACUGGCCAUUACUACGUUCCACGAUUCACUCCAAAUUUCAACGUCAGACGCGUCCAAAUUGAAACAUAUUACUGACAAGCCCUUCGUGAGGCAUAGCUCUGGGCCACUUAAUCGCCAAGCAAGAAGUUUCCUUAUAAACAGCUCCUUAAACACGUAAUUACGCUUGCUGCAUAAUAAAAAUCAUAUUUCUUUUCAACAAUACAGCUAA